AUGGUCCACACGGUGCCAUGCGUAGGCUUCGUCGUGACCGAGAAGGACAAGCCAGGGCGACUGCGUGCAGAGUACGUUCGGCCCAUCGUGGAACGUAACAAGGCCGGUCUCCUUGAACAGGGACUGAGCGACCCCAACAAGAUCUUCCGCCUCUUGAAGACUCUCCAGCCCGGGGAGGCAGUCAACCUCCCCGACGGGACUUUGCUCCGGGCGGAGGAGGUAAUGGAGGCGGCGAAACAGGGCCGUAAAAUCGUCAUCUGCGGAGACACCUCCGACGCCUCAGGGAUCGCCGUGCUGGCACAGGAUUGCGACGUGCUCGUCCAUGAAGCGACCAACGCUUUCUUGCUGCCUUUCGAUAAGGGCACCUACAUGGAUGUGGAACGAUUUGCCCGGGCCCAUGGUCAUUCCACGCCACAGAUGGCCGGUCAUUUCGCGCACCGGGUCAGAGCCAAACGGUUGAUCAUGACGCACUUUAGCCCCCGUUACAAAGGUGACUUGAGCCCCGAGAGCCUCGCCAUUAUGAAACGCUUGGAAGACAUGGCGCGCAAGACUUCGAAACUCCGGGCGGACCGAGUCUUGGCCGCACAUGAUUUGAUGCUCGUGCCCAUCCCAUCGCCACAUAAAAUGGCGGAAGUGGGAGCCGAUGACUAA